UAUAUGUGCCCUAUGAACACGGAAGUUAGAUCCUCCGGACGAUACAGUUUCCCAGUCACUGUCGCCAGUUUUUUUUAUCAACGCGAUUCGUUUUUAUUCGUAUUUUAAAUUUUUAAACAAGGCUACAUGAUACACAGCGAAUGUUUGAAGUUGUAUGAGUGUUUGUUUACAAGCGUUGAAUACUUUUUCGCGGAGGGAUCUAGACGCAGCCGCUGUCUCUGGCGUGGAGCGUGAUUUGAAUCGCUCUCACCCCGUUUGGUCGUUUUUAUCCGAUUAUACUUUAAAUAUAGGGGCAUGUAUUUUAAUCUUAGAGCCGUUUUAUGACACAAUAACCUAUACAUGUGUUUUAGGUAUAUUUAGACAGGACACAUCCCUAUUAUUUGUCAAGAUGGAGACUGUGGAGAUGAACACUGCUUGCACUGAGGGACAUCAGAAAGAGAAAAUGUUGCCCCCCUCAGAAGAGGACUUUCCUCCUGUUUCAAAGGAAACCUCAGACACCCUGAAUUUCUCCGACCUGACCCCUUCUCAGUUUGGCAUCUCUGUCCAGAGUUUUACUCCAGCAUUAUCAAACCGCAAAGAUAAGUCUCGUCUAGCACAAAUAAAGGCGAGGCGGAGGUCCAGCAUUGGUGUCCGGGGCUCUCCCGAGACAAACUCUCUCAUCCGCUUCAUGGCACAACAGAAGAUGACACCAUCGACCUUCCAAACUCCAGAGCUUGUCAAAAGUAGCCCCUUCCUUCCCCGGGUCGCCUCCACGCUGAGGCAGAAGAUGGCCUCCUUCCAGAGCCUGAUGGAUGUGGAAGAGAGUGAGGGCUGUGAUCCGAUGCCAAGGCGGGACAGCAACACUGGAGGAUGCAUCAAGACAAGAGAUUAUCUGUCUGAUGAAUACAGCUUAUAUGGAGGGAAGGAGAACCACCCACCAACAACAACAACGCCUGUACCCAGCAAGAGGAGGCGCCUGGGCCCCCUGGAAGGCUGCGAGGUGGAGAUUAGAGAGCCCAGCGCUCCUACCCUCCACUCCUGUUUGAAGGAGCUGGAGGAGGAAGAAGAACCAGUGACGCAGGUUGUGAAACAACCACUGCCAUCAUGUGCGACUGUGGAAGAGGUCCAAGCUGUGCUUAUAUCUCCAACACUUUCUGAUGACUUUGAGCUCCAAUGCCGUUCCCCUGCUAAGAACCAACAGGAUGGUGUCUUUGAACUCCAAAGCCUCUGCCGACCACCACCUGAUGUUCCUGCAGCCGCCUCACCAGCCCAGCCUGCCUCCUCCUUUCACAUCCCCUCUCUGCCUUCUCUGCUGGAGAUGAAGCCCACGGGAGAAGAUGUCUCCAGCGGGACGUCCACAGUAAAGAAGAAAAAGAGGGUGCGCUUUGGUGGUCCGCUCUCCCCUGAGUUCUUUGAUAAGAACCUGCCCCCCAGCACACCGCUACAGAAGGGGGCCACGCCAGCCCGGGCACCCACCCCUGGUGGGGGCUUACAGCCGCGCUCAGUGCUGAAGACACCACAGAGGAGUGAAUCCCAAACACCAAUAUCUAAGCCAGAUCUCAGCAGCCCCACUGAGUUCGGUGCCUCACCUACACUCGCAAUGCCUCGCAAUCCCAGGGUGCAGUCUGUGGGAGAGGACGGAGAAGAGAAUGAUGGAAAGAUUGUUUUCCCUUCAAUGGACGAGAUUGACUCUGCGCUGACAAGAGAUAAAGAAUGUAUGUGGGACACCAAGCCGUUGAAUUUAAACUCUGCAUUCCAUGAAGAGUUUCUGUCUCAGAUACUGACAGCUUCCUCAGAGUUUUCCUCAGAGUCUGAGACUAACACCAGCACAGCCUCCCAGAUGGAUGAGCGGACAUCCAUGGUAGACAUGGAGAAAGAACAUGAAGCAGGUGUGGAACCUCCAGCUCCAGCCCCGACAAGAAACAGGAGGAAAAAGCAGCCAGGACCAGAGCAUGAAUCUACCAGCGAGGCUCCAGCUCGCUCCGGCAGUCGAAAGAGAAAGCAGCCAGAGGAGAGCGAACCUGUAAAGAGGUCGGCACGCUCGGCUGCCAAGUCGGCCUCUGGGAAGAUGAAGAUGAGCUCCACAGCAGCACGGCGGUGGAAUAGGGACGUGGACCGCUCCCUGUAUGGCUCUCGGGCAUAUGCCUCUAAGAACCCCACCCUGAGUCCCAUCACUGAGAGGUUGUCCCUCAUCGGCCAGUCUCCAGCAGCCCCACAGACUCCCUCUACGAGCUGCACAGCAGCCCCAAAUCAUGAAACCCACAUGAAUCCUAAGAUGGCUAACAACCCUGAAGCGAUAGGAGACCUCACUUUGACAAAUUCGUUGGAGAAUCCUUCAGAAGAUUCUGUCACAUCUCCAAGUAGAGAAAGCACACCUGAUAAGGGCAGGAAGCUGUCGGGGCAGAGGGGCAGAGGGAGAAGUCGGAAGCAAAGGAAGGUCAGUGUUGCUGAUGAUAUCCUGCUCAGACAGACUCUGGAUCAGACUGGAGGAAAGGCGGAGCAGCACUGUGAAGACCACACCACUACAAGCCUCGAGGCAUCAGGGGAAACCCCACUGAACAUCACUGUAUCUGAACAAGUCGACACUGAACAUGAUGUUCAGACUGCUGCAGAAACACACUGCACAGGAAAAUUAGAAUGUCCCACCUCAGGCUGCCCACCUUCAGCUGAAGAAUCGUACAACAUUUUGCCAGCAGAGCCAGCUCAGAGAAAAGCCAAGCGGGGAAGGAGGAGCUCUGUACACAGCUCAGUGCUACAGGAGCACCAAACGAGCCAUGAAGUGGAGGAGAAGGGGCAGAGAGAACAGGCAGCCGGCCAGCAGGAAAACGACAUCAGGUCAGGCUCUGAUGGCCAGGAAGCCAGCAGAGGAGCCGUGUCCGACCUCGCCCCCUGGCAGGCAGACUUUAAUUUUGAGGAUGUGUUCAAACCUGUCUCCACUAGAGGGCAGCGUUCAGUACGCCGCAGCCUGAGGAACCAGAGCAAUGCAGACAGUGCAGGUCUCGCCUGGCUGCCUCUGACCUCCCCUGAAGCUGGUAAAGAGGCCCGCAGGAGGACCAGGGGUCGACGGCUCAGUGCUGCUCCACCUGUCCAACUCCCUGAGGAGACACAAGACAACGCUUCAUGAAACUCCAUUACCAUGAACUCAGAUUUAAGGAAGAUAACUAACACAUCCAUUACAUCUUCAUAUAUACCCUAUCUUCUUAAGAUUAAAUGAUAUGAUUUUCCAGAAAACAGGCUGAUUGUUUUCUAUGAGGUAAAACACUGAUGCCUUUUGUUCCCUGUGAAUUAUUAGAGCUGACCAGUAAUUUGUAGCCGGUUUCCCUCCCACUAACCAAGCCAGUCGAUUGCACUGUGAGCCCAAUCAUCUCUGCUGACCACCUUCCAAUCAAUAUCCAACCACUCAGCCGGUAAUCACAGUGCAUCUUCAGACUCACUCUCCAAAGUCAUUGGAUCGAGCAUCUCUAAGUCAAUAUCUGCUCUUUGUGGAUAGAUGAAGAUGCCUGUCCUAUAUUCACCAUCUGUCAUGCAAGGCUGUGCAUGAGAAGGAACUUAUAAUGAUGGAAUAGUAAUGGGCGGGAGGAAAUGUGCGUUAUACACAUAAAUCUGAUCAAUAGGCAGUUAAUGUAACAGUUGUGUUUAUUUGUGGUUGCCUGGGUGUUUUUGGGGUUUUUUUUGCCCCAAUGAUCCAGACUGUUGACAUAAAGGUACAUGUCCAGAGGAGAGAAGUCCUGUCGUAUUUUUAAGCUUUUUAAUGUGCUGCAAAUAAUUGAUAGUAAUAGCCAGUCAGAUCGAUAUUGUCUUACACCAAGUUUGUUUUGAUUAAUUAAUUUCCUGGAUGUCAAAAUGUAACUGAUUCUGAUUAAAUGCUUUGGUUGUAAGUAAAGACACCUCAUUAGAUCAAAUUGUGUUCAUUUAAAUAGAUAAUUUCGACUCAUUUGAAAGGAAUUCAUCCAGAUAAUAAACCAGCCACUAUGUGAUGA